AUGGAAGUGGACAAAACAACUGGGUUAGAACAUGAGUUCCCAACUCCAAUUGUGUUGGCUAAACUACAGAGACCUAACUCAAGUAAAGUCUCAAACGCAAGCAUUGGGGACCUGGCGGAUGUCGAGUCGAGCGAAGCAGGGAUCUCGGUAAUCAUGGACGAUACCGGUACCAGUUCUAAAUCUAAAGCAGAAUUUGACAGCAUCAGGGAGCUGAUGCUCGCAGAGUUGGAAUAUGAACGAGUUGAUAAAUUUGCAAAACAGAUGCCGACUAGAUUACUUCACCAGCCACUGAUAGACGUUGUUGACACUCUAACACGAGAUUGGAAUAACACUGCGUUAAAGAUCCGGGCAAUUUUCACUUGGCUUGCUACUCAAAAUACGGAUGAUAUUGAUCCAAAGGAUGAUAAUGGAUGGAGGUUAAGUCCUCUGAUGUACCUAGCGAGAGUCAAGAUGGGAUCUGAAAGUUAUAGUGAAUUGUUUAAAGAUAUGUGCAGUUUGGCCCAUAUUAACUGUGAGGUUGUAGAAGGCGAUGUUAAAGGUCACAACUACCAACCUGGUGACGUUAUGACUACGAAAAACAGACGCUUCUGGAAUGUUGUUCAGCUUGGAGAUGACUGGAAACUGCUGGAUGCGUACAUGGCAUCGCGACAGUACAAAUGGAGGCAUAUAAUUCAUCAACACAUGGUAGUUUCAAUGGACGACAAUGAAAAUGUCAAACGAGAUGAGGACUGCAUGAAUAUUGGGUACUACUUUUUCACGGAAGCUCCAGAAUUUAUUACCACUCACUUCCCCUAUGACUCCAAAUGGCAGUUACUGACUCGACAAAUCACCGCCUUUGAAUUUGAAACACUUGCUUACGUCACCCCUCAUUUCUACUUUAUGGGGUGGCAACUUAUGUCGCAUCAAAAAUGUGCAAUUCACACAGACACUGGUGAAAUUGAUAUCGUUAUUCAAACUCCUAGUAAUGAGUCCCAGAAGUAUUGGAUUAACCUUAGUGCAAUAUCUAGUAAUACUGAAAAUGUUGAAACUCUAGAAAGACACGUCUUUGUGGACAGAAAUAGAACAUCUGGAGUUCUCAAAUGCUCGAUUUCAUUACCAAAAAGUGGAGAAUAUAAAUUAAACGUAUAUGGAAAAACGGAAAUGAGUCAACUUGAGCUCUGCGUAGCUUAUAAACUUCAUAACGAUGCCAUUGAUGCGGACAUUAAAGCCCAUACACUAUGUGUAGCUAAUGAACUUCGAUUCUGGGGACCAUGUUUUGAAACAGACAAUCUUAACAUAAAUCCGCUUGGUAAAGCACAGACCAGCCGCAUAAAUGAAAAAGACGGAUUAGUUCAAAUGGAAUUCAGUCUUGCCAAUGAUAUGCCUUUAGACUUUACACAUGAGCUAAUCAGUGCAACAGACACAGGUGAAACAAAUAUACACCAUCAAUAUUCGGUUCAUGAAGUUCGAAAGAACGCUCUCGCAAUAUUUUACGUACAGCUUCCUUUUUGUGGGAAGUUUGCCUUUCGCAUAUUCGCAAAGCAGAAACUAUCACAGGGCGCACUGCCUUUAAUCUGCUGUUAUUUGAUCUCCUGUGAUGACCCAGCCAUUUCACAUUUACCAUUUCCAAAGUUUGCUAACGGUAGGGUUGGUAUAACCGAUGAGGGAACGCUGUUGGGGACGCAAAUACUAGCGUUUGAUACACCAAUUAUAUCGAACGAAUCAGGUGUGAUGGAAAUAGAAAUCAAAACUAACCCAAAUUGUAUUAUAUCGGCAUCUAUGAAACUUUCCAAAAACCAAAAUAUGGAAAAUGGAAUAAAAACUCAUAACGCCGUCGAUAAAGAGCCAACAAUAGAAAAUGGAGCUACUGCUCAUAUCAAAGAUUCCAAUCAUACUAAAAUGGACGAGUUUACAUUUAUUAAAUAUGUAGAUGAAGAUGGAGAAAACGGUACUAGACUCAAAGUUGGAUUAAGGUGUCCAUUGGCGGGCCAAUACCAUUUGGCUCUGUAUGGGUACGAAGAUGCACAAACACCAAGGAUGAGUAUUCCAAACGUGUGUAAUUUUGUUAUCAACUCAACAACAAACCACCCCGAACUGGCACCAUUUCCGAAAUGUCUGGCGAGCUGGGGAAAGGACUUUGAGCUACUUUGCCCAACCCAUGGGAUGUUCUACAAAGAUCAAACCAUACCAGUGGUACUAAGGGUACCAAAUGCUACUGCGGUAGCGUUGUCAGGGCAACGUUGGGUAGAUAUGGUAAACGUUGUUGGGACUACCGACUUAUGGUUAGAACAGAUCAGAAUAGAUGGAGAAGGGGAUGUUACCGUAUGUGCCAAACUUGGUGACUCUGAAGAAUAUAAAGGCCUGCUUAAGUUCAAGGUGUCUGGCGAACCUGUUGAUCAUGAUGAACAAAUAUUGGAGAGCAUUGGACAUGAGUUCGAAAAAGCUAAAGAAAUCAUCAAAGUAGAACAAAGGGAAUACAUGGAGCAAAGAGCAACUGAGGCACAAAAUGAAAUAGAAAAUGAACAGGACGUCGAGAUAGAUACAGAAAAGGUUGAGGAAAACAAGAAUGACGAACUAGACGAGUCAGUCAUGGCUGUUGAUGCAAUCGUCUUGGGACUAGAGGGGACAAGCAUACGACUUCUUGAGGAGGCUAUCAGGAGAGUGUUACGAUUGAAGGACAGUAUAGAUAACCACCAGACACUUAUCAACAAGGCCAAUCUUAGGAUAAGAUGCUUGACAUUAGAAAGAGAACUUCUGCUAGCAAUGAGAAGAAGACAACUUGGUGAUCUGGAAAGUCUGCUAGAGACAAUUGAGAAGGAAGGACAUCAUAAAGAUAUAACUGAAUAUCCAAGAGCGCAUCAUCUACUUGGUCAGCUAAAACGGAUCAAGGUGUACCAGCAUGCCGUGUUGGACUUAGAUGCAAAGACGAUGUCGGAACUAAGAGGAUAUCGAACGCCACACACAGGCGUACACAAUGUGAUGAUCGCAAGCCUGCUACUGUUGAGGAGCCACGAAGGAGAGUCUAAGGUAUGGAACAACUGUCAGCGUCUCCUACAGAAUACUGGACAGAAUGGAAUUAUGCGACGUUUGAAAGAUUUGGACUUCGAUGACCUUCAUAUUGAAAUAGUUCUUCGAGUCCGGGAGAUUUUGGAAAGAACCUCCCUAGAUGAUGUUAAGGCUGUUAGCGCUGGAGCUGCAGCGUUCUUUAUUUGGGCGAAGGGAAUGGCUGAUGAAGCUAGAUCUAAACACGUGUAUGAUGGUAUAGAUGUCACAACUUUAGAACCAGCAAAUGUUAAACGCCAACAGGAAAUAUUCAAUUCAACGUUAUACGACAAGGUGGCAGUGAACAAGCCCAAAAAGGAUUUAGUUGGUGAAUUCGCCAAACAAAGAGCAAAAUCAGCAUUUCCUCUGAGGUCAAGACCGAGGUCUUCCAGUAUUACUGAGCCCAGAGCUUGUGCUAAGAACUCUGAUGGAGGAAGUCCUAAGAGUACACCAGAAAGAAACAAGAAAUCAAUGUCUAGUAGUACUGUUAAAAGGCGAGUGAAAUCUGCAGCAGCCAUCCAACCUUCUGAAACAGCAAGGACUCUGUAUUCGAAACCACCAAGGCCAAAGACAUCUAUUCAUACCAGAACCAAACCAUAUACAGAUAAGGUAGAACCCAAAGACGAUACAAAUGAGAAAAUAAAUGUAACAUCUAAAUCACCAAAAGUCAAACGACGCUCGUCAACAAAAGACUAAAACAAUUAUUGAAAGCAUUUGAAAAAAUAUAUAGUAAAAAUAUACAGUAAAAUCUGUCCGAUGGAACAUCUUUCUUUGGAACGCCUGUCAACAAGGAACAGUUUUCUAAAGAGCCAAAUAUUUUUCCAUUGACUUACGUGUUAACGGAAGAUCACUGUAUGGAACACAUGUCAACUGGGAACAAGGAACCCUGUUUUAGGGUUAAUUUUCAAAAUUUACCUGUUCACAAGGAACAGAGAAAGGAGUGGUAUGGAGAUAUGGAGAACUUUUUGAACACACGUUUCUCUUAAACCAAAAAAUCUAAAAAUUUAACACAUCGUCAAUUUAAUGGUCAUCUUUUGAGUGG